AAUUUCCUUUUUCCUACUCCAACCAUCCGCAAGGCUUAAAAACUUCAAACUCAGAAAAAAAUUGGGGUUUCUAAAUUCACUGCUGAGUGCUGUGGAUUACUUUUGCAAAGGCUUUUUGGAGCACUUCUUGAAUUUUCUGAUUCUUUACCUGUCCCUGACGGUGUCUGGAUGCGGGUCUGAUUCAAAGCAAUGGAAUCGCAGAGGUUGGAGGGCAGGAUUAAAGAAAAAGACGGGCUUGUCCGCGUUGUGCUUUUGGAUUCUCUUCAGGGACCCCUUGGCUCCAGGCAUGCCAGCCGGUCCCGGCGGAAAGGAAGAGACACUGAGCAAGUGGCCGUCGGAAGCUCUAUCAGUGGUGAGCGAGGACCAGUCGUUAUUUGAGUGCGCCUACGGAACGCCACACCUGGCCAAGACAGAGAUGACUGCGUCCUCCUCCGGUGACUAUGGCCAGACUUCCAAGAUGAGCCCGAGGGUCCCUCAGCAGGACUGGCUGUCUCAGCCCCCGACCAGGGUCACCAUCAAGAUGGAAUGCCACCCUGGCCAGGUGAACGGCUCCAGGAACUCCCCCGAGGACUGCGGCGUGACCAAAGUUGGGAAGAUGGUGGGCAGCCCGGACACGGUGGGGAUGAGCUACAGCAGCUACGUGGAGGAGAAGCACAUGCCGCCCCCCAACAUGACCACCAAUGAGCGCAGGGUGAUCGUGCCCGCAGACCCUACACUGUGGAGCACAGACCACGUCCGGCAGUGGCUGGAGUGGGCAGUGAAGGAGUACAGCCUCCCGGACGUGGACGUCUUGCUGUUCCAGAACAUCGAUGGGAAGGAGCUCUGCAAGAUGACCAAGGACGACUUCCAGAGGCUCACCCCGAGCUACAACGCUGACAUCCUCCUCUCCCACCUCCACUACCUCAGAGAGACUCCUCUUCCACAUUUGACUUCCGAUGAUGUUGAUAAAGCCUUACAAAACUCUCCGCGGUUAAUGCAUGCUAGAAACACAGGGGGUGCGACUUUUAUUUUCCCCAAUACUUCAGUAUAUCCUGAAGCUACGCAAAGAAUUACAACUAGGCCAGAUUUACCUUAUGAGCCUCCUCGAAGAUCAGCCUGGACCGGCCAUGGCCACCCCACCCCUCCGUCCAAAGCUGCUCAGCCAUCUCCUUCUGCAGUGCCCAAAACUGAAGAUCAGCGCCCCCAGUUAGACCCUUAUCAGAUCCUUGGACCAACAAGUAGCCGCCUUGCCAAUCCAGGCAGUGGCCAGAUCCAGCUGUGGCAGUUCCUCCUGGAGCUCCUGUCCGACAGCUCUAACUCCAGCUGCAUCACUUGGGAGGGGACCAAUGGGGAGUUCAAGAUGACCGACCCCGAUGAGGUGGCCCGCCGCUGGGGAGAGCGCAAGAGCAAGCCCAACAUGAACUACGACAAGCUCAGCCGCGCCCUCCGCUACUACUACGACAAGAACAUCAUGACCAAAGUCCAUGGGAAGCGCUACGCCUACAAAUUCGACUUCCACGGGAUUGCCCAGGCCCUGCAGCCUCACCCUCCCGAGUCCUCCCUCUACAAGUACCCCUCGGACCUGCCAUACAUGGGCUCCUACCACGCGCACCCUCAGAAGAUGAACUUCGUGGCUUCCCACCCCCCUGCCCUCCCUGUCACCUCCUCCAGUUUCUUUGCUGCCCCAAACCCGUACUGGAAUUCCCCGACUGCGGGCAUCUACCCGAACACUCGACUUCCGGCCGGCCACAUGCCUUCCCAUCUGGGCACUUACUACUAGAGACCCCACGGAGGCCUCUCCCACCGCCGCGCUGCCACCACAGAUUGCCAAGGACUCUAUGGGACAACAGGGUUCAGAAGUGCCUCAAGAGGGGGCAGUAGCUUGGCUGGGGCUGGGAAGGGGUCCAGGAAAGAGUCCUAAAGACUCGCAGCGGGGAAGGAGUCACUAAAGUAUUACUACAGACAGACAUAAAGGAUGCUCGAAGCGUUAAUGAACAUGGACGUGUCACCUGCGGCCAACCUUGCUGAGGACAUUGAAGCAUGACGUCGAAAGGACGCAUGCCAAAGGGCAUGGCCUUAAAUAGUGUAGAGCAUAGAGUAGAGUUUGGGGACCCGCUCCUGAGAACCGGGAUCCAACUAAAGCAAUAGAGGUAACACAGUCUUGGCCUAGCACACCGUUUAGAGUGUCAUGGAAGGAAAACUACCUGUAUUUAAAAACAGAAACAUAUCAAAACCAGAAGACCAGAGAGAGACUGGCCCCACACGGAAGCUGGUAUGGGACUCUGCGGUGCUUGCUGUUUUGGUUGGAAUUGGACUCAUCUCCUUCGAUGGGAAGCAAGCAGCUCACUCCAACUGUGAAGAUGACCAGUUUCUAUCCCCUUUAUGGUAUUUCAGGAACCACGAGCCAGGUGUUGGACUGAGGAUGUGAACAGAGAGUGAGCGUAUGAUGGCAGAUGGAGGAGGAGGAGGAGGAGGAGGAGGAGGAAGUGGGAAGAAACUUCUCUGGGUUGAGGACAGUUGAGACCACAGAGAGUGAGCGGUGGGAUCCAUGGUCUAGUGUAGUCAGUGUUAUACCAAAGCUAGUAUUAGGAGGAAGGACACAGCCUCACGGAGGGAGGGGGAAGUAGAAUUCAGGACCAAAAACGCGCAUCUCUUUUUAUCUUUGUCAAAAGAAAAUUUAAACUGGAAUUGUCUGAUAUUUAAAAGAAGCGUUUAGGACCUCAGCAUUUUGGGGGCUCUGUCCCCACGGUCAGGUAAGACAUGGCCUCCGUGGCCACCGCAAUCAGAUCACGUAUGCCUUUAGGGUAGGUGGGCUCCAGUUUUCCUUUUUGAGUCGCGAACGCUGUGCGUUUGUCAGAAUGAAGUAUACAAGUCAAUGGGGUUUUUUUUCUUUUUUAUAUAAUAAUUAUAUAACUUAUGCAUUUAUACACUACGAGUUGAUCUCGGCCAGCCAAAGACACAUGACAAAAAAAGAGACAAUCAAUGAUGUAAUGUGGCCUUGAAUUUUAACUCUGUAUGCUUAAUGUUUACAAUAUGAAGUUAUUAGUUCUUAGAAUGCAGAAUGUAUGUAAUAAAAUAAGCUUGGCCUAGCACGGCAAAUCAGAUUUACACAGGAGUCUGCAUUUGCACUUUUUAGUGACAAAAGUUGCCUAAUAGAAACUUGUGCUGAA